AUGGCGGGGAGCCCCGGCCCCCGCGCCCCCCGCACCUCGCCUUUCACACGCUGGCACCAGAGCCGUGGGAACGCUGGACGGCAGCUGGGCACCGGUGCCCGGCUCUACCCACCCCCAGCCCGGCCGACCUCGGAGAGGGGAGAGGAACAGGCUGCCCCCAAAAAAAGAUCCCUCCAGGAUGGGGCCCUAGAAAUCCUUAGCACUAAUUAUGAAUCUGGGGACAAACAAGGCAUUUGCAAGUCAAUUAGUGACAGAACUUUCCCAGGAAAGCGCUUCAUCCAGGCUCAACUUCAGACAGGGCCACAUGCUGGGUCAUCUUGUCCCUCCCCCUGCCUCUGCCCUGCUCGAAGCUCAGGGACAGAAGCCGCCCAAUGUUCUGCCAGCCCCUGUGUGGCAGAGGGUCCCAGAGCCCCGACGGGCAUGAGAGGCAGGAGGGCGAGGCUGCACUUUGCUGAGGCGCUCCGGGACGAUGGCUCAUCCCUAUGCAGGGGCCGCCUCCCCCACCCGGGCCUGGCCGCCAGCCCCUUUCAGGCGGUGGAAGACGCGGCGGCGGCAGAAGGGGAUUCUCACAGGCCGUUGGACAUUUGCAUAGCCCGCUCGCCCGCCCGGAGACAUUGGCCCGCAUUGUUCCCGGGAGGCGGCGGCGGCGGCGGGCGCACGGGCCGCGGCGCGCCGGGCGGCUCGGCGGACCCGGCUGGGAGUGGGCGGGAGGGCCAGACAAAGGAGACGGGCGCGCAGAACUGGGCGGCGGCGGGUGGGGGAGAUCCUGACGGUGGGAGAGAAAUAUCGGGGUGA